GGGGGAGUUUCCUGGGAGCCGUGGAGCCUCCGCGGAGCGUCGCUCCCGCAGAAAGUGGUCGGACUCGGAGCGGUCGGUCUGCAGGUCGCGGCUGUGAGCGCAGUUCCUGCAGCCCUAGACGGGGAAAGCGCCCGGGAUGGGCCACUCUUUACGCGCGGCUGCCCUCCUGGCGUUCCUGGUCCUGUCCGUUCUGGUGUCACUCCUCAUUACGAGCCUGCAGCAGUUUGGAUCGGGAUCAUCGCGCUUUUCCAACGCAACAGUUGAGAAGGAGCUGGGGGCGCUGCGCAGAGCGCUGGAUCUCCAGCUCAGGGAGAGACGGAAAGAAAUCCUCCCGCUGCUCCUACCUAAUGAUGAUGAUGAGAAAGACGGCGUGUUGAAAGAAGUUCAGCCUUUCCCAGAGCUGGAUCAGAACUCUGUGUUGGACUCCAGUUUGUGGAAUGAGGUCACGCUUGGCUCCGGGAAGGCGCACCGGGAUCAGAUGGGCUGCGAGUCUCUAAUGGACGUGCGGGCGGCGGAGGUUCUUGGGUCGGGAUACACCAAAGUGGUCGUGAAGGCGAACCUGGUCGGGGGUGAGCCCGUGGCGCUGAAGCUGGUCAACGAGCAGGGCGUCGACAUGAGCAAGUGUGUGGAGGAUUUCAAAGACCCGCGGGGCUGCCGGGAGCUGGUCUCCUACAAGCUGCGGAAAGAAAUGCUCCUGCUGCAGAGGCUGCGCCACCCCAACGUCAUCAAGCUCAUGGGCCACUGUUCAGGAGUCGUGGGCGGAGGAGGACGGGAAGGAGGAAGAGUUGCAGUCAUUCUGGAGCAGGGGACUCCUCUCCAGAUGAUCCAGCUGCUCCAGACUCCCUGGGAGGACCGGUUCAGGGUGUGUCUGGAUCUGGUGCGGCUCCUGCACUUCCUCUCCUGGUCCCCGCUGGGCCCCGUGGGGCUGCUGGACUUCCAGCCGCGGCAGUUCGUCACCGUGUCCGGCCAGCUGAAGCUCACCGACCUGGACGACGUCAGCGCCGAGGACGCCGCCUGCUGGGCGGACGCCGACUGCACGCUGCAGUUUCCGCACAGGAACUUCACGCUGCCCUGCUCGCCCCGGGGCGUGUGCGAGGGCCUGAACGAGAAGAGGAACAUCUAUAACGCCUACAGGUUUUUUUUCACCUACCUGCUGCCCCACCAGGCCCCGCCCGGCCUCACGCACCUGGUAGACCAGAUUAUGAACUCCACAGGGGAGCUGAAAGCCGACAUCAAUCAGACUCUGGAGGCCUUUGAACACAUCCUCCUCCUGUACAAGUCAGGCCUACACCUGGACAAGCUGCAUCCGUCAAUACUGAGAGAUUACACUGUGAUGCAAGACAUGAGCACCUCGGGGAAUGUGGAGUACCGCUGCUGGCCGUCCUACAGCCAGCAGGGCUGCGUGCUGUCCGUCCACAGCGCCAGAGAGGCCGCCUACAUCUGCAACUCCCACCCUCAGUGCAACAGCUUCACGCUGACCGGACAGAAGACGUGGUCAGGCCGCCUCCUUGCGUCGUUCAGGAGCAGCUUCGGUCACCUGGUGCCCAGUGGAGCCUCAGAGUUGUACGUGAAGAACCCCAAAGUUCCUCAGCCGCCGCCGCCAUGACCCGGCAUGAGAAACAAUGUAAUGGCGGCGGAGCUGGAGAUAACGAGAAGUGAGGGGCUGAGACAGGGCUCGUGGAUGGGAAGCGAAGCAGGAGCGUUGCAUUUCUGCAGCGAACUGAAGUCUCUCUGUGAACAUGCUGACCGCAGCUCGGCCGUGCCGCAUGAGGAGCGGCGCGCGGAGGCAGUGUGAAGUCAGCAAGUGAAUGUGUUGUAUUUAUAAGGCUUCUGCUCAGCGGCUGUUUGAUCCCCCUGCCAGCCCGCCGCCUCUGCCAGCUACUAUUUAAAGGGAUUUCCCUUCAGGUACAAUUAAGGAGCCUCGCUGAUUUUUGUAUUUUUUUUUUUUUUUUUCCUUUAUGUGCCAUAUGCCCCGGCUUUUUCGCUGCACGGCCACGUCCCCGUGGUGAGAGUUUAAAAGCGGACGCUGAAGCUCGGCCUCUGAAGCCUGCGAAAACGAG